CCUGGACACCAGGGGGCGCUAGCUGAAAUCUCUCGAGCUCGAUGAUGUGCGGAGCGGCUCUGUGGCUACGUCAUCACAUUUCACGAAUGUGAUGGAAAAGCGUGGAGUAGCGUCAAAGUGGAAUCCGGAACGUUCACGGAGGCUUAAGCAGAAUGAUGAAGGAAAACGCUCUCCUGCUGACUUCGUGUGUGGUAGUGGGUCUCUUCCUGUCCUGCAGCCAGGCUGCCAGGCAAGGACAGGACAUCAAAUGUGGAGCCUGCAGGGCUCUGGUGGAUGAGAUGGAGUGGGCCAUUUCCCAGAUAGAUCCCAAGAAAACGAUCCAGACAGGAUCCUUCAGGAUCAACCCCGACGGGAGUCAGUCCAUCAGGGAGGUUCCGCUGGCUCGCUCAGAGGGGAACCUCUUGGAGCUGAUGGAGAGCGUGUGUGAGAGGAUGGAGGACUACGGUGAGCGCACAGAUCUCUCCACAGACAGGAAGUCCUACAUCAGAGUUAAGUCUCGGACCGGUGAAGCCAUGGACCUUUCAGAGGCAACUCUGGACUCCAGGGUCACAUCCAGCUUAAAGUUUGCUUGUGAAACAAUUGUUGAACAUCACGAAGAUGAAAUCAUUGAAUUCUUUGCACAUGAAACAGAAAAUGUUAAAGACAAACUUUGCAGCAAGAGAACAGACCUCUGUGAUCACGCUCUGAACAUGGCCCACGACGAACUUUGACCUUCUCCCUGCAGAGUCGCCUCCUUCUGUAAAAACUGAGAUGUGUUGUCCUUCUCGUCCAUCUAUUUAUAGGAAGGCAGCAGUUGCAAGAUGAACACAAUUUCUAUUGUUUUAUAUCUAGGGAUGUUUCCAAUGAGACUCUUUGCCAUUUUUAGCCUUUAGCACCUCACAUUUAGGCCUUUCAGGUCCUUGCUGUGAUGUAUGACUUCUGUCCAUCCUGCCUCUUUAGUGAAGGUUGGUGUUUUGCACAAACACACUCUUUGCUGAAUUCUACUGAAGCUGUGAAGCAGCAAAUUUAUUAGGACCUGCCUGUAUGUACAGAUUUUUCUGAGGAAAUUGGGUUGAAUUUGGCAAACUGUUCUUCUACUUCUGCAUAUAUUGUGGUUUGAUUCCAAAAAAUACUCCGUUGUUUGUAUUGGUGGCAGAUAAAUCAUCUGAUGAUGACUUUGUCCCAGUUGAGUUUUGUCCAGAAAAUUGGUGUUUUUCCCUUUUCCUAUCAUAAAAUGGUAGCUGGAAGGUCGCAGGAACUAGUGACCAAAUAAUAAGUGUUUUUUUUCUUAAUGUUAGAAUUUAUUUCAUUACAAUCUUUAUAAAGAAAUAUGGAAUUGAAUUACUGUUCUAUUGUUCUUUAAAAAGUACCUUUACAUCAUGUGGAUAUUGUAAAAUUUUAUAGCUUCCUAUUAUCCAAAAUCAAAGAACUAUAACAUGUUUGAGCUCUAAUCCAUCACUGUUUACUAUGAUUAUUGAUCUAAACCAAGAUUGGUUUGAUUAUCUAUUAGAAUUAUAUAAUUAUUGAUUGGAGAUGAAUAUGAAUUUAUGUUUACCUGGUGGUGGGUAAAAUACUGGACCCAUUUCUCUGAACUUCCUCCUGAAAUGUUUGGAAAACCUUUUGUACUAUUUUGUCUUCAAAUAUACUUGUCUGAUGCUAACA